UGCUCAUCAAUGGCGGACCAGUUACCUCACGACACUAGUACCAAACGCAAGCUCAACGAUCCUACCGGUGCCAGCACAGCCAGGAUGAGACAUAACCAAAUCCUUUUCAAUUCUUCUCUGAGAAGUCCCAUUCAAUUCUUCGUCCGUAUGUUUUCCGGCAAAACACUGGUCAUUCAAGCCGAUUCGUCUGAUACAGUUGCAUCUGUUCACUGGAAAAUCCACUCAAUCACCGGAAUUCGACCCAUCCAAUCGACCUCCUCCGCUGUACCAUCAAUGGAAGAGGGAUUAAUCUACCGCGGCAAACAGCUUGAGUUGUCUCAAACGUUAUCGGAAUGUGGUAUACAAAAUGACGAUACGCUGCAACUGGUCCGUAGAAUGCGAAGCAUGUCCCAUCCGCAGACGUGGAAGCUAAUGAGUGACUUAAAUUUGAUUAUUGAUGACCUCUGCAACUGCAAUGACAACCCAAAUAUUAUUACUUAUGUCACCCGUCUGAGUAACAUGCUUACAGAUUUUCUCAUAAAAACACCGAAUUAUAGCUCAGAUGGAUCGGAGGAAUAUCUCCACAUAUUUAUUCACUCCUCUGUUCCUGCGUCCCUGGUAAAACUUUAUGUAUCUCCUUCUCUAGUUACAAAACAAGCUGCUCAUGGGUGCAUUUGUCAAUUUAUACAAAACUGUCUGAACCUUUUCGCCAAUCCUACAAUCGUAUAUAGGCUGUUUGCUCCUAUAUUAUUCGAGUUCUGUACGAUUCUAAGAGGGGCUGCGGGUGUUGAUGAUGAUUUAUACCUAUUUUUCCGUAGUCGUUUAGCGGCAAUGAUGCUGGAGAAUGUCCAUGAUGUUAAGCAUGUAUUAAGAUUGCAUCAUGUUUUCCCUUUUGUUGAUGAGUUGGCAACCACGUUAUCUCAUAGUUUGGAACUGAGUGCACAAUCACCGGAUUUUAAACAGUUAUCAGAGAGUGAUGUGCUUGUGUUUAUUCAGUUGAUGCAUUCGGUAAAGCAGGUAAUACGGCGUCAAACAGCAUUUGGCAGUCCGGUCAGUUUACCUUGGUUGAUGCAAGAUGAAGCAGCAAAUGAGCUUAAAGGUGUGCAUAGUAUAAUUUGUAACUUGCUGGACAAAAUGGAGUUGUGCCUAAAGGAACUGGAAAACCAACUGGGUUUGGUAAGCAUAGGGAGACGUGAGCCUAUUGUAGGCUGUUGGUUCCAGUAUCUUCUGAUUUUGAAGGAGUUAGAAAGUAUUUCAAAGUUGUAUAAGGGAUUGAAGGAAAUGUUUUGGGAGAAGAUGAGUCGAAGAGGAGUUGGUUUGUGCUAUCUGAUAGGUAGACUUUCAAAAAAGUCUACAGAUUAUCAAUGGAUUCUUGAGCACAAGGAAGUGACGAAUUUUAAGACAAGGCAACGUUUUGCCUUGAAGAUGCUUCAAGAAGGGAGGCACAUGAGGGAGGAGCUUUGGGAGAUGCUCAUUAGCAGGUCUCGUUUGUUUGAAGACUCGUUUGAGUACAUUGGACAUGCUACUCGUAGGUCGCUGCGAGGCCAGUUAUUUAUUCGAUUUGAGAAUGAAGAAGCUACCGGGCCUGGUGUGUUGAGGGAGUGGUUUUCCUUGGUAUGUGAAGCAAUUUUCAACCCUCAGAAUGCUCUAUUUGUUUCAUGCCCAAAUGACGGGAGAAGGUUUUUCCCAAAUCCAGUAUCUAAAGUGGACCCAUUGCACCUUGAGUAUUUUGUCUUCUCUGGGAGGAUUAUUGCAUUGGCCUUGUUGCAUAGAGUGCAAGUAAGCAUCAUGUUUGAUCGUGUGUUCUUUAGGCAAUUAGCUGGAGACGAUAUUUCGUUUGAAGACAUUAGGGAUGCAGAUCCCUACUUGUACAGAGGCUGCAAGGAGAUACUGGAGAUGGAUGCUGAAGUGGUGGAUGAAGAUAUCCUAGGCCUAACAUUUGUUUCUGAAUAUGAAGAAUUGGGAUCUAGGAAUGUUGUGGAGCUUUGCCCUAAUGGGAGAAGUAUGAUAGUGAACAGUCGAAAUAGGGAUAACUAUGUGAAUCUUCUUGUUAAACACCGGUUUGUGACAUCGAUCGCUCAUCAGGUAACCCAUUUUGCUCGAGGUUUUGCUGACAUAAUUACUGACCGACAACUCCGGGAAUCCUUUUACAGGAUCCUAGAUCAUGAAGACCUUAACAGGAUGCUUCAUGGGAGUAAGACUGCUGUUUCUGUAAAAGACUGGAAAGAACAUACAAAUUACAAUGGCUACAAAAUAGAUGAUCCUCAAAUAUCCUGGUUCUGGGAGAUAGUUGGAAGUAUGUCGGCAGAGCAGAGAAAUGUGCUUCUCUUCUUCUGGACUUCAAUCAAGUCUCUGCCUGUUGAGGGUUUUGGUGGUCUAGAUUCGAAACUUCACAUCUACAGACUCUCAGACUCUCAUGAUUGCUUGCCUACCUCGCACACUUGCUUUUAUCGCCUGUGUUUUCCUCCUUAUCCGUCUAUGGAAGUCAUGCAAAAUCGCCUUAACAUAAUCACCCAAAAUUAUGUUGGUUGCAGCUUUGGUGCCGCGUGA